UUCCAAUUGGAGCGCACUGUAGAAAGUCGCUUGUCUUGGCGCCGUCAUGGUGGUAUCUGUGGUGGAAUUAGCCGCCGAUGCAUAUCUAACGUGUCUCACUCACGCCCUCACGACUGAGAAAGAAGAAGUCAUGGGUCUGCUUCUCGGCGAAAUGAGAGACGGAGGCAGAGUGGCGUUCAUCAGCUCGGCCUACGCCAUGCGGCGGUCAGACAAGCAGGCAGACAGGGUGGAGAUACAUCCGGAGCAACUGUCCGCCGCCGCUAUGGAGGCAGAGCGACUCGCCUUGAAACUGCAGAGACCCAUUCAGGUGCUAGGAUGGUACCACAGUCACCCCCACAUCACAGUCUGGCCGUCCCACGUGGACGUAGGAACGCAGGCCGACUACCAACUCAUGGACGAAAACUUUAUUGGACUCAUAUUCUCCUGUUUCAAUGAUUCUGACAAGCGCUGUUCAGCUCAGCUCAUAUGCUUCCAGUCCUACAGUCCAACUGAGGGAUCCAGACUGGAGUAUCUGCAGCUGCCUGUAAAGAUCCUGCCGUCACCGCACUCCACUCUUUCAGGGGCUUGUGUGUCAGCCCUGGCUCAUCUUCCUGAGAUUCUUCUGGAAGAAGAACAGGAGAGCUACGCCACCUGCCAGAGGUCUCACAGGCAUUAUGUCAUCAUCAUGUCACUGAUAUUACGUCGUUAUUACAUCAUCUUUUCUUCAGAUAUUGCGAGAAUGAUCUUCUGACUAAGAUUCACAAUGGAGCAGUCUACACCCAGAGACUGACACAUAUCCAGCAGGUGGUGUGCGGCCCUGUCAUCCAGACUCUAGAAGAGCAGCUGCAGAGAACACAGUCGUCACUGGAGGACCUUCGACACAGAAAGACUCAACUGAAACUGAAACUAGAACAAGCCGAACAAACACGCCCGCAGAAAAUCAACGUAUCAGAAGCAUAGUGCAUUAACCAAACAUCCGUGUGUUUUUUGUUAAGCAAUUGCCAUAUUAUGUAGCUACACUGCGUUUAAGAAUCCGUCUCACUGGUUUGAUGUACUGAAUCUCAUGAUUUGGAGGGUUUUACUGUGUCACUCUGGGAUUAGAAAAUUAUUAGCUGUCUGAUUCAUAGCUAGCUAUAGUUCGUGUGGACGAGAAGUAGAAAGGCCAGUGA